CAACAGGAACAUCUUCAACUGAGUUUCUCUCUCUUUCCCCACUUCACUGCUACCUUAAACCCACUGCAACUACUGCUACUAGUACUACUGCACUUUUAUCAUUCACUUCACAUUCUGUUCUGUUUUACUAUCCUUGGUGGUUUUUCUCACACCCUAUGGACCGUACUGAAAAGCAGCAGCAGCAGUUGUCCUUGAACAAGAGUACGCGCCAAAGAUACAAUGAAUGGAUUUUUCGGGAUGUACCAAGCGAUAUAACUAUAGAAGUGAAUGGAGGAACAUUUUCAUUACACAAGUUUCCUCUUGUCUCUCGAAGUGGGAGAAUAAGGAGGUUAGUUGCAGAACAUAGGGAUUCUGAUAUCUCAAGAGUUGAGCUUCUUAAUCUACCGGGAGGUGCUGAAUGCUUUGAGUUGGCUGCCAAAUUCUGUUAUGGUAUUAACUUUGAGAUAACAUCCACAAAUGUUGCCCAGCUAUGUUGUGUUUCUGAUUACCUUGAAAUGACAGAAGAUUUCUCAAAAGACAAUCUUGGAUCGCGUGCCGAGGAAUAUCUUGAUAGUAUUGUUUGCAAGAAUCUUGAAAUGUGUGUUCAAGUCUUGCAACAGUGUGAAAGCCUACUUCCUCUUGCUGAUGAGCUAAGAAUAGUUAGCCGCUGCAUUGAUGCAAUAGCAUCAAAAACUUGUGCAGAGCAAAUAGCUUCUAGUUUUUCGCGGUUAGAGUAUAGCAGCUCAGGGAGGUUACACAUGAGCAGGCAAGCCAAAUGUGAUGGUGACUGGUGGAUAGAAGAUCUUUCUAUUUUAAGAAUUGACAUGUAUCAAAGAGUCAUAACAGCCAUGAAAUGCCGUGGGGUUAGGCCAGAGAGCAUUGGUGCUUCCCUUGUGAAUUAUGCACAAAAAGAAUUGACAAAGAAAUCUUGCUUGUGGAAUCCAUCUAGCCAGACUAAAGUUGAUUCAAACUCAACUUUGCAUGAGAAGCUUGUGGUUGAGACCAUUGUAAGCCUUUUGCCUAUUGAGAAACUUGUUGUUCCAAUCAAUUUCCUUUUCGGGCUUCUUCGAAGUGCAGUGAUGCUUGAUUGUACAAUUGCUUCUAGACUUGACCUUGAAAGAAGGAUUGGAUCACAGCUAGAUGUUGCCACUCUUGAUGAUGUUUUGAUUCCAUCUUUCAGGCAUGCAGGUGAUACCUUAUUUGAUGUUGAUACAGUUCAUAGAAUCUUGGUAAACUUCUGUCAGCAGGAUGAUAGUGAAGAAGAUCUAGAAGAUGCUUCUGUUUUUGAAUCUGACAGCCCUCAUUCUCCUUCCCAAACUGCGUUAGUUAAAGUGUCCAAAUUAGUGGACAACUACCUUGCUGAAAUUGCCCCUGAUGCAAACCUUAAGCUUUCUAAGUUUAUGGUCAUUGCAGAAACCUUGCCAGCACAUGCACGCACUGUUCAUGAUGGCCUAUAUCGAGCAAUUGAUAUUUACUUAAAAGCUCAUCAAGGUUUAUCAGAUUUGGACAGGAAGAAACUAAGCAAAUUGAUUGAUUUCCAAAAACUCUCUCAAGAAGCUGGAGCACAUGCUGCACAAAAUGAGCGCCUUCCUCUCCAAUCAAUAGUGCAAGUUCUAUAUUUUGAACAAUUAAGACUUAGAAAUUCUUUGUCAAGUUCCUAUGGGGAAGAUGACCACAAGCCAAUGCACCAGUCAUGGCGCAUAAGUAGUGGUGCACUAAGUGCAGCAAUGUCUCCACGAGACAACUAUGCAUCAUUGAGACGAGAAAACCGUGAGCUAAAACUUGAGUUGGCUCGACUGCGAAUGAGAUUAAAUGAUCUAGAGAGGGAGCAUGUUUGCAUGAAGAGGGAUAUGGCAAAGUCCGGAUCUCGUAAAUUUAUGAGUUCUUUCUCCAAAAAAAUCAGUAAGCUUAGCAUCUUUGGACAUGGUUCUUCCAGAGGAUCAAGUUCUCCAUCUAGGAAUUCUCAGAGAACAAAUUCAAAGGUGAUUGAGAGAACCUGUGUUAGCACAGAGUAGAUAUACGUUUAACUGCUAUUUUUCUUUUGGUAUUUUUCACCCUACUCAUUCAGCAAACUGUAAGUUAUGCUCAUGGUGACAUUUUACUUCAUUUUGUUUAUAUUUUGUUCCUUUUUGGCCACUUUUAUGUUAGUUCAACUAGGAAGUUCCUCUUGCUUGCAGAUUAGCUUUGUUUGACUAUAUAUUAUGUAUAAAAUGUUGACAUGAAUGUGAAAUCAAAUGUUACUAAGUUAU